AAGGAGGAGAAACAAACAUGGCGGCCAGCUAUGCGUGGUUCCUUGUGCUGGGCUCGGUUUUUCUGGUCAACCUCAUGAAAACACUCCUUCCGUCCAUAUCCGCUUUCUUCUCGAGACUGGUGCAAAAAGAUGCCGAGCAGGAGAGUGAGAUGAGCUCUUCUCUCUCCUCAGGUGGAGUGGGGAUCACCUGCUGGCUGGUGGUCUGCAACAAGGUGGUGUCUCUGGGUCUGCACGCCGUCAGCUGAGUGACAACACUGACAUCCUAACAUAUCGUUCAAGAUGUAGAUGAAGACAGCCUCUGUAUGUCUUUUUUUUUUUUGUCUGCUGCUCCAGGUCAACAUUUUAAAAUGCAGUGCGUUUAAGUUCUGGCUGGUUUAUAUUGCUCUAUUAUUUUGGUGAAUUUUGACCUUUGGAUGAUGUUUGGACUGUAUUAUUUAAAAACAUUGAUUUGCUAAUGCCUUUUUAAGAAAAAUAAAACACGAAAAGCUUGUA